CUGUGCGAUAUUAAUUCGUGAAAUCAAUAAUUCGGCAGGCUCAAAGGCCAGGUAGAAUCUCUUCUUACGGCAGACCGAUGUAUUUCUCCUUCUGCGGUGUUAUAUUUAACACCAGUGGUGUUGCUGCACUCGCACGGCUAGAUCCACUCCUGCCUACCUGAAGCUUGUAUCGGAGUGCGCAAUGACGCUGAUGUGUCAUGUCUUCAAAGAACCACACCAUGCAAUUCUUUUAAACGUAUUAACAGCUACCAAAAGUGUUUCGUGAUGAACCAUUCAACACAUGACACAUUUACGUCCGGACUACAGACGUUCUGUCCAGCGUCUACUCAUCACAUCCUUACUCCAGAUCCUACGCAGAUACUCAUUUAUUGAUGUUAUAGGUCUAUGAUAACUGAGGUGUACAAACAAAGCAAGUCGAUACUACAGAGAGGGCAGACGACCGCUGUGCAAUCGCGUCUCGUGAGAAAGUCACGUCUGCGAUGCUUUGAAGAUACACCGAGGGUAACUGUUGCAGGGGGAAACAAGAUGGCGUCGGUGUACUGGCAAUGGCUUACCAUCAUCAAACUCUGCCUUGGUAUCUUUGGCGUCGUUGGUAACCUUCUUGUGAUCAUUGUGUACAUCAGCAAGAAGAAGAGGCAGAAUACCACCAACACUCUGAUCCUAGCCCUAGCCAUAACCGAUAUGUUCACUUCUGCCAACAUCAUCCCCUGGCCCACGCAGUUGGAGGUGGUACCACAGGGCGCCCUCGGCCAUUUGUACUGCGGCCUGGUCUUCGCCAAUUUCUUCAUGUGGACGUCCAUUGUGGCCUCCGUCGGCCUCCUUACCAUGUUAUCCGUGGAGCGAUACCUAGCUGUCUGCCGCCCUCUGUGGUACCGUACGGUCUUCAGCAAAUCGCGACCCUGGUACUUCAUUGCGGGCAUGUGGGCUUUCGGCGCCGUAGAGAAGUCCUUCAACUUAUACUGCACAGUCCCCUCCCCGGAAGGGACUUGCCUGUACGAAGUUCCAGGAGGUCUCGGCUUUAAAUAUUUCCUCGCGAUUGGCGUCUUCAUCAUCGAGUACUUGGUGCCACUGAUGGUGAUGCUGGUUACCUAUGUCAAGACAAUCCAAGCCCUCAAGCAGCAGGCGUGUAACCUCUUGGAGCAGAUCGACUCUAGGAACAACCCGGCCUACUCCUUGCUCCAGACUCGCCGCAAGGUCAUCGAGAUGCUUCUUGUGGUCAUUGUUGCCUUCUCCAUCUGCUGGGGGCCUCUUCAGUUCGCCUUCAUGAUCGGCUCCCUGAGCGCAGAGGACUAUCUCCUCAGUACCCUCCAAGACGCGUUCACCGUCUUGGCUUUCUUCAACUCCUGCGCCAAUCCCAUCAUCUACACGUUCAAAAACAAAACCUUCAGGAACGCGCUGCGCGACCACUUCCAGUACUGGCGUCGUCGCGGCGGCCGCGGGAACGCGGUGAGUUCGGUCGUCGUCGGAACCGGCAUGGAGCUUGAAACUAAAGUAACCGUCGCACAGAAGACUACAAGGGCGGUGGAACGCCCUCACGCGUUGAGAGAUCUACCUGACAUUGGAUAAUACUUUUCAACGAUUUCAGCUUCAUUAUCGAGGGAGGAACACAUAGAAGUACAAAUGAGAGGAACGACAGUGUCAGUAUUUAAAAAUGGGUGUUUUUAUUUUCGUUUAUAAGGAGAACAAUUUUGCACUUAUAUACAUGUAUUAUGAUUUCACGACGCAGUCAUCAUACCUGAUCAGACUAUACUUUCCAGGAAAAAGUGCGGCAUGCAUAUCGUGCAUUUCAAGACCGUACAUAUAAGAAACUGCGCAUGGUCAAUGAUAAUCAGUGUGAUAAAAAGUAGCUGUGCUCCGCCCAUGUCCAUAUUUGGUAUCAUCCUUGCUCCAUCCUGAUUGGAUGUUGUCAGUUGACUUACAGGCCCAAACCAACCGCACGAACCAUAUAAGCUUAUGCAAUCUUAAUUGAGGAAGUCUUUUGUGGUAUCUUGUGAGGUGAUGCUUCCUCCAUGGGUGAUGAUAGCUUUUCCCACAUGCGAAACAUAAAGUGUCUUCAAAAAGCCACUCAUUUAAAAGUACGAAGAUACGUCACAGCGGCGCACCC